UAUAGCAAUAGGGAUAGUGUCGAUGGUAUCGAAUAAUAUGUAUAAAUUCAGUCGGGCAUCAGCCGUCAAACGAGUCGGACGAAUGAUAAAUAACUUUUAUCGAGUUAAUAUAUAAUUAAUAUAAUAAAUGUUUAUUUUUUCCGGUGAAAUUUUGUGAUACUAAUUGUAAAUUACAAUGAAAUUUAUAAUUUUUAUUUUUUUUGGAUUAUUUACGACCGGUUUUACUCAACUAGAAGAAGGAAGUGAAUGUUUAUUAGAAAACGGCAGCCCUGGAGUCUGUACCAAGUUACCCGAAUGCCCUCCAAAACUUGAUGACGCAAGAAAAGGAAGACGGACCGCGUUAUCAAGCCGUUGCGGCUUCGCUGGGUUCGUUGAAGUUGUUUGCUGUCCAGCUCCGGUCCAAGGAAAAAUAAACAUACGUCCGGCUGACAUAGCAUGUCACGAUUACGAAAAUGAAAUUCUUUCGGGAAUUGAAAGACUGACCUGGCACAUUUUAGCGGGAAUUGAAGCAGCUUCUGAAGAAUUUCCCUAUAUGGCAGCCCUAGGAUAUGUCGAUAAGACAUCAAGCGAAGUUACCGACGAUAAUAGCGAAAGAAAAAUUAUAAAAAUUAAAUAUGCAUGCGGGGGUACUAUUAUUGCACCGCGGUUUGUUCUCACUGCAGCGCACUGUGUUAGUAAUCAUAAUGAGGAUGUUCCUGUUUUAGUCAGGGUAGGCUCCGUAGACCUGGAGUCCAAAGACGAGCAGACAAUCCCCAUAAAGGAAAUAAUUGCGCAUCCUAAGUACAGGCGGAGCACAAUGUACUACGACAUUGCCCUGCUGAAGCUGUUCGAGGCCAUAAACUGGUCCAAAACCGUGAAGCCGAUCUGCUUGCAGACCAAAUCUAUUAACGAGACCGACUUGCAGGUCGUUGGAACCUACCUCGUGGUCGUCGGCUGGGGACACACUGACAUUGACGCUGACCAGUCUACCAAACUUCUUAAAACUCCCAGUCUUAUAUUGGAACCAAGAGAAAAUUGUUCCACGGCUUACCAACGAUUCAGACAGCUUCCCUACGGCCUGGACGAAAGGAUGAUCUGUGCCAAGGACCCGAACACUACUCGCCGAGCCGAUGCCUGCCAAGGAGACAGCGGAGGUCCUCUUCUGCUGUUAUCUUCCUCUGGGGACACUGUUAUAGGAGUCACGUCAUUUGGUCAGAGCUGCGGGGGUCCCUAUGCCGCUGUUUAUACUUCCGUUCAUUCUUUUAUUGAUUGGAUUGAAAGCAUCGUCUGGCCUGAAAGAAUUAUUUAAAAAUUUUAUUUAGUUUUUUUAAUUACAAGGAAAUGAUAAAAAGUUUUGAAAAAUUAUAAUUAAUUAAUUAAUUAAUUAAUUACUUAUUUGUUUUAAUAAUUAUUAAAACAAAAAAAUUUCCUAGUAUUUACUCAAAAUUUGACCUUGAAAUUAAUUUACAAAAUUAAAAAAAAUUACAAAAGAUAUUUUUCUGUAGAUAAUUUAAUCAUCUACAAAUUUCAUCCCAAAUUUUUUUUUUUUUUAGCAUCGAUAUUUUAUCUUUAAUCUUGAUUUUAAAUAAAGCAAAAAAACUAUUUCCUUAAAAAUUUACAAGACAAAAAAAAACUACUUGCUUAUGAAUCUCUUAAUAGUCCAACGUCCACAUAAACUCUGCAUAGAACACAUUUAUUCAUCUCAAGUACUGUAUGCGCUUCCCACUCCUCCAAUAUAAUGAUAAUUCUUACGUAACUAAUGAUUGAACGCAAUAACCAACUAAGGUCAGUCUAGAAAAC